AUGUCAGAGUGUAAUUUCAGGUCAGACACCAAGAAAUGGCUACUGGAAGCUACUGGAACAGCUGCCAGGAAAGAAUUCUUCAGGGAACUCUUAAAAAAUUCAGAGAUAUCAUUGAACGAUAUGUUUGUGCGGACAUAUGGCCGAUUGUAUAUGCAGAAUUCUGAGGUGUUCCAGGACCUCUUCACAGAGCUGAAGCGAUAUUACACAGGCGGCAAUGUGAACCUCGAGGAGAUGCUGAAUGAUUUCUGGGCCCGUCUGCUGGAGCGGAUGUUCCAGUUGGUCAAUCCACAGUACCAUUUCACAGAGGACUAUCUCGAAUGCAUCAGCAAGUACACUGACCAGCUCAAGCCAUUUGGUGAUGUGCCUAGGAAGCUGAAGAUGCAGGUGACCAGGGCUUUUAUUGCGGCUCGAACCUUUGUGCAAGGUCUGACUGUCGGCAGGGAAGUCGCCAACAGAGUGUCCAAGGUCCCUCCAACACUGGGGUGCAUUCGUGCACUGAUGAAGAUGAUGUAUUGUCCCUACUGCCGCGGCCUGCCCACUGUGAAGCCCUGCAACAACUACUGUCUCAAUGUAAUGAAGGGCUGCCUGGCCAAUCAGGCUGAUCUGGACACAGAGUGGAAUCUUUUUAUUGAUGCUAUGCUACUAGUAGCAGAUCGGUUAGAGGGACCCUUCAACAUAGAGGCCGUUAUGGACCCAAUCGAUGUGAAGAUUUCUGAAGCCAUCAUGAAUAUGCAGGAGAACAGCAUGCAGGUGUCUGCUAAGGUUUUUCAAGGAUGUGGUCAACCCAAGCCAGUGCCAUCUGGGCGGCUGGGACGUUCCAUCUCAGAUGGCCUUAACUUACGGUUCAGGGUCUACAGCCCCGAGGAGUCGCCUACGACGGCGGCUGGGACCAGCUUGGACAGGCUGGUGGUUGAUAUUAAAGAUAAGCUGAAGCUGGCAAAGAAGUUCUGGUCCACAUUGCCUUACACCAUCUGCAAUGAUGAAAAGUUGACAGCAGGCAUGUCCAAUGAAGAGGAAUGCUGGAACGGACACAACAAGGGCAGGUAUUUGCCAGAAAUUAUGAAUGAUGGUUUGACAAAUCAGAUCAACAACCCAGAAGUGGAUGUGGACAUCACAAGACCUGACACUGUGAUCCGUCAGCAAAUCAUGGCCCUCCGAGUGAUGACCAACAAGCUGAAGAACGCCUACAAUGGAAAUGACGUGAACUUCCAAGAUUCAAUUGACGAAGCCAGUGGCUCAGGGAGUGGCAGCGGCUGCACCUAUGAAAUGUGUUCUCCAGAGUUGGGCUUUUCUGAGCCUCCCCCAGGCUCUGACCGGAGUGAGUCUGAUUAUUCUGCAGCUGUCAGACCUAGCCUGCACUGGCUGACCAUGUUUGUCAUCUUUCUUCUCCUGCUACUGCAAAGACGGUGGAGAUAAUCAGUGCAAUAGAGACAAAGGACAAACAAUCUUUUCCUUUUGGAUAAACCCAUCAAAAACGCAACUCAAUCUUGGAACAAUAGCAGUCUUAAAGCAGAAAGAGGUACUGUAGCCCGCUUCCCCUUUACCCAAAGAACACCAGGUGCCAUUCAGGUACAGUCUACUCGUGCCAGAUUACUUUGUACUCACCCAGACCUCAGAUGGAUCAAAACUCUGAAGAUUAUUCACCCACAGUCUUUUUUUUCCAGCAACAGGACAUCACUCUGUCUGCUUAUUUUACACAGCUGAAAAGA